GCAGUUACUCCUCCACCCAUAGCAUGACCUUUAAAAAAAAAAAGUCCUGUACAUGGUUCGUAUCUAUUUAAGACCUCAUUUUCUGUCACUCGUUGUAUGAUUUCGAUAUCGUAAGUUUUAUUUAAACAUCAGUGAAGCUGAUUAGUGCUAGUGGUAGUACAAAUGAUAAAUCUUCAUUUAAGAAGAUAACAGAAUCAGCAAACUAUUAGAUGGUGACCAACUUGUUUAAGCGGAUGGCUCUAACUAAAUAAUUCCAAGAUACAAAGUGCUAACGAUGACCUUAAACUUUACUUUCAAGACAAACGUAGUGACAGCAGUUACAAAAAGUUACCUCACGUCGGGUAAUUCCUCGCAGUACAGUAAUGCUUCCGUUAACUCCUCGGGUGGUUCUUCGGUCUGCAUGGUUUUCAACUCCAACGCUCCUCUACCCGGGAGCCUUCCCGAGAACAUCGUCAGCAACGAGACUCGCCUGGCAUUCAACUACGCGGUCAACGUCGCGGCCCUGACGGUGUUGUUCUUCGUGAACGUGCCAAGCAUCGUCACCAACAUGAUUGUCUUCUACCACCAGGGGCUGAGGGAGCGCAUCAACUCUGUCUCUUCGUGCUGGCCUUUUCCGACCUCAUGGUCGUCUUUCUCCACUUUGCUUGGAACGUCGACGAGCUGUACGCGCAGUUCACCGGCCACCCCAAUGAUCUGGUCGUCAUGGAGUUCUUCGUCAACAACAACAUCAUCGUCUUCGCUGGCUUCAUCUAUGUGUCCAGCGUCAUGUCAGCCAUCAUCGCCGCCGAGAGGUGCUUCUGCAUCGUCAGCCCCUUUCACUCACAGCACGUUAUUCAAACUAGCACCAUGGCAGCUAUUUUAGUCGUAGUUAACGUCGCGGUAUUAGGAGGUCACUACGUCAUUUCCGCCAAGUGGCAAGUCAUCUGUGUGUUCGACCCCGUGGUUCAAGUCAUGCUUCACAUUUUCUUUUCUAGCGAGUUUUACUUGCAGAACGAGCGUCUCGUCACAAUUUUCGAGGGCAUCAUUUUCGGGAUCGUGAUCCCUGGAAUCUGUUUGCUGGCGGUGAUCGUCAGCACAGUUGUCACGAUCAUCAAACUGAAGCAGCUGUCGGCGUGGCGAGAGAAGUCGGUGUCCAAAGCUGCCUCUGUGACGUCACGGGAAGUGGCCCUCACGCGCAUGCUCGUUGGCACCUCCAUUUUCUUUAUCGUGUGCACCACGCCAGGCUUCGUCUUCCAUACCGCCAUCCCCUUCGUGCCGGAUCUCAGUCUCAGCGGUCGACAGUACAACAUGUACGUUAUCCUUAUCAACAUCCAACAAUUGUUCACUUAUAUCAACUGUUCGUUCAAUUUUCUAAUCUAUUAUAACAUGGGCUCGAAAUAUCGCGAGACGCUCAGAAGCAUGCUAGGUCUGUCCACCCUGAAGACUGCUCACGGCCCGGCUGAUCAGAGCAUAACCACCGCAAGUAAUCUUGACGAAGACAUCCCCUCAUCAGAUUCCGUAUAUACAAAGUCUAAAAAGUUUUAAUAAAAAUAAUUAAAUAAUAUCAUUCAACGUUUUGGAAAACGAGAUUGUUGACACUUUAACAUAUGUCGUCGCCAUUACCGCACGUGUUACUCGUUGAACGAGAAUCCCUCUCGUAACAUCUCGCGUGAGUAAAGAAUGAUGUAAGGCUUUUUCCUAAUUGUGAUAGCCAACAGAUUCAACGACCCUCCCCGGCUUUAGUAAUGAUACCGCGCAUAUGCCAAGAUCUGAUUAUUUCUCAUUAAACACGUUUUGUUAAGGUGAUACUCAGAAACCCAGCUUUUAUGAGCUAUUAUUCUUGACACUGUAUCGAUAUUAACGUCUGCAGUUUCUGAAACUGUUCGACUGCAAUAACUUGAUAUCCCUUUUAAAGAGUUUAUUUGCAUCUUCAUCACUAAAACAGUAUUUAUUAAACCGCUUGUUAACACAUGGAGUUAAUUAAGUUCACUGGCCAAGUUGGACACUUCAUUAUUUCCAAACUUCAUAGUACGCCUACUAAUCCUGGACAUGUAUGAUAUGUGUAAUACAAGCCCGUGGCUAAAUGGUUCAAGAGUAGCAGGACAGCUAAAAGUUACAUUAG